UAUUCAAAAGUUGGAUAUAACAAAAAUAGUUAACCAUUUUGUCGGUAGGGAGCUCUGAUACACAAUAUUUAGGAAUCUAUAGGGAUUUUGUCGUGUUCCUCACAUAUCAUAUUCCCAUGAAGCACUGUAGGUUUAGAAUCUCGUUGUCUAGAAUCAAUUUUUUAAAACAUGUCACAUGGGUGACGUUGCGUGCGGAAGUUUUGUUAUUUAGUUGCAGUGAUAUCAGAAGUAAAUGAAUUACGUGAGACUUAUUGAUGACAGGCAGUCAUUUUCACACCAGAGGACUAAUGCUAACAGACCACAGAGCAGAAGUCCAAAGAUACGUCUACAAAAAUGGUUUCUUAUUCUGAUUUCAUUUGUUGCACUCACAUUAGUGGUUGGCAGCUACUACAAAGCCCUGCCAUGGAGCCUCCAGUCGCACGCCACCAACACGCUGGAUGCAGUGGCGUACUCUCUGGGCUUGCAGAAACAUGUGCACGCAAUCAUCAUCGAUGCUGGCAGCACGGGCUCCCGCGUGCUGGCCUUCACCUUCCACGAGUCCCUCUUAGCAGAUGGCACGCUGAGGUUGGACAAUGAACUGUUUGUGCAGAUAAAACCAGGUCUAUCUUCAUAUGCAGAUAACCCUAAAAAGGGGGCGGAGAAACUGCAAGAGCUGUUGGACAGAGCCAAAGAGGUUAUCCCGCACUCGGACUGGGGCCGAACCCCUCUGGCAAUGAAGGCCACGGCUGGCCUCAGGCUGCUGCCUGACCACCAAGCCGACAGCCUUCUGGACGAGGUGAGAAAAUUAUUUUCGACCUCUCCAUUUUUGACUAACGUGAACUCAGUGGCCAUAAUGGAUGGAGUGGAUGAAGGUCUCUUCUCGUGGUUCACAGUCAACUUUCUUCUUGACCGUUUGGGUGGAGAAGUAAAGAAGACUGUGGCAGCACUUGAUUUGGGUGGUGGAUCCACGCAGAUCACGUUUGCCCCCAGUGAAGCAGUCACACUGAAACAAGCUGACCCAAAGUUCCUUCACCCAAUCUCUCUGUUUCAUCACAAUGUCACUGUUUACACUCACAGCUAUUUAGGUCUGGGGUUGAUGGCGGCACGCAAGGCGAUCUUAACAGUGGGGAAGUCAGAGGGUUCCACAACGUUACGGAGUGAGUGUGUUAAUCCUAUAAUAACUGGGGCUCCAUGGACCUAUUCUGGAGUUACAUAUACAGUGAGGGGCCCAGAAAAGCCAGAAUACAAAACAGUUAAAGGAAGUGCCCACACAGAGGAUGAGAAGAGACCGGUGGUGAGGUUCACAGAGUGUGUCAACAUCAUUCAGAAGUAUGUGAAAGGCAAAGUUGAUAAGCCAGCAGAGCUGAACUCCAGAGAAAUCAAUGCUUUCUCGUAUUAUUUCGACAGAGCCACUGAGUUUGGUCUGAUAGAUCCUUUUACAGGCGGAGUAGUAACUGUGAAGGAUUUCCAGAAGGCAGCCAUUAGAGCUUGUGAAACACCAAACACAGAACAGCCAUUCAUGUGCCUAGAUCUGGCAUUUAUAUCAGUUUUGUUAAAGGAUGGGUUUGGACUGAAUCCUGAUGUAAAGCUAAAUCUAUACAAGAAAAUUGAUGGCCAUGAAAUAAGUUGGGCGCUGGGAGCAGCCUUUCACAUCCUGCAAAAUGGUCUGUGAAAACAGUCUAGGAGCGUCUGUGUGUGUAUGCUAGUCAGACACUAGUGGGUAUACGGUUGGUGCAUUCCUAUCCGCUAUUAGGCAUUUUAACAGUUGUCACAGUGUUUCACUUUUAGAAUAACAAUUUCACAUCCUACAAGCCCAGCCAUGCCAACAUUUAAAAACUUCUGAAUACCCUUGUUUUUUACAUUCUUGUUUCUUCCAGAUAAUUUAUUAUGAGGGUUGCCAAAGUGUGUACAGGUAUAAACUUGACUUAAUUUCAGAUAUUGGUAAUUUUCGUAAAUGUAUUAUUGAAAGAUAAGAUAUCUGUGUCAUGGGUGACAUUAUAAAAUGUAAUAUGGCUUCCUUUGUGAUAAUUUUCUGUUUCCUUAUUUUUUGUACUAAAUAAUGCUGUAUGCUGUUUAUUAUUUAACCCUUGAAGAUUGUUGUCAAGUGAAGAGCACAGGAAUGUAUAUAGGUUUCAUGUACAGCACAUAUAUAUAUUUUUUUAUAAAGUGCUAACAUGAUUACAGUAGUAAUUCAUAUAUAAUGAUAAUGUUACUAUGUAAAUAAAGGUGGAGUCAUCAUUUGCAACACGUGAAAAAAAUCUUAGGCAUAAUUUUUUUAUUAAUGCAUAAAAUAUAUAUAUCUGCAAAUUAAAACUAAUUUUCCAAGUUUUUUAAAGAAUUUUUUGUCUUUCAUCUGUUUUCUUUGUCAGCUUCUGCCUUUUUUAUAUUGUAGUUAGCAGAGAAUCAUUAUUGAACAUGUUAUUUUCAUACUUGCAUGUUUAUAUAUUUGCAUUUCGUAGGUCAAGGAGAUUCUGAGUAAUUUUGUGGACGGUAGUUUGAUUGUUGGCAAGGUUGGGCUUCUGCUCUCAGUCAAGUUAUAGUUAUAGUUAUCACAUGUUUUUAUGCUCAAGUUUUGGAAUUUAUUGAUAAGCAUUUGUUUAUUGUUCACGUAUAGUGUGUGACACAUGUGCCUUGAAAUCUUUUCAUUCGUUUGAAUGUUUUGUAGAUAAUAUAAAAAAUAGUUUUUAAAUAAAAUACGUACAUGUCUGUAUAGGUAUAUUAUUUUAAUCUGACACAAAGUGCCUUUAAUAUUGAUCUUCCAGUGGAAUUAGUUAUUUACAUAGUUUUUGUCUUGUAGUACCUCUUUGGUACUACUGUAAUAGUGUGUGAAGAUAAACUGGGCAUAAUCCAGUGUCGAGGGUUGUGGAUCAACUGAAAAAAAAAAUUAAUUUUAUAAGUGUUUUAUGUAAAUUAAAUUUGUGCUGUUGACAAAGUAGAUUUAUGGUUUAUGAGCUGAUUUAAUUAAUAGUUUUAAAUGAGAAUAUUGUAAUAUUCCUAGUUUCAAUUCAUUCUUUCUUAUAUUUAAGUUAUGUUAUAUAAUAAUAAUAAUAAUACUAAGACAAUUUUGUUUAGUUUUUCAGGUAAAAAUUUUGUUUACAUUUAUGUUCUAAAAACAGAUGUAUAGUGAAUGUGAUAAACUGGAGGGAAACUUUGUAAGUUUAAGGAUUGAACUAGGGAUGGCAGAUGGGAUAGCAACUUCAUUACUAAGAAUAUUUUUGGUAUAGGUUUUACACCAUCUUAAAGAUGCCCAUCUGAACUAUGUACAUAAAUAGAUUUAAUUUCCUUUGUUGUAAAGAAAGCCAUUAUAACCUCAUUAGAAAUUAAUUUUUAUUAUUAUGCUAAUACAAAUCAACCAAAUAUAUAUAGAGUAUUCAUGUAUUUAUUUUUAUUACCAACUGCAUUAUGAUUUCAUAUUCAAUGCAGGGGGGAUUGAUUUGAAUAAAUUUCAGUAUAAAUACGGAAGCUGUAUUGAUUUUUUUAACUGCAGUGGCUCUCUAUACCAUAUAAUUCAAAUAACUCCAACAAAUAUUGUAAAAAACUAUAAUGUUUAGCAUGUUACCUCGUUUAUUGAAGACCAGCUCUACUGAUAGUGUCCAGACGAAAUUGUUGUAGGUUGGACUGAAGGUACAUAAAGAAUUACUCCAUAAUAAUCCUAAAAUUUUGAUGUAUAUUUAUGUAGUUAGUUCUGGUGGCAUCAUUGGUAUUGAAUUAUGACAAGAUAUCAGUAUCCCAUCCUUAGUUUAGCUCCAUCUAGAUGUUCCUUAGCUGUCUGUGCAGUGUCGAGAAACAAUUAUGUAUUUAAAAAAAAUUGAAUAAUUUUAGCAAAUACCAUAAAGUUUUUAAUUUUUUAAACAUAAUACAGUUUAAAAUAAUUUUUUAAUGGAUUUAUUUUGGUGCUAGACUCCAACAUUGCCCAUCUCUGAAGUUGCUCUGUAUCUCAUGUCAAGUAUUUGUUGUUAAGGUCAGUUUCAUCCAAGUGAUAAAAAAUGGUAAUAUCGGGAUAAGGUGUAUGUGUUUCACCAUGACCAAUUGUUAACAGAAGGUUAUUAAAUUCCAUGUCAGCAUAAAAUUCAAUAAAUUUGCUUCCUGAAGUAAAAAAUAAAAGUGUAGCUAUUUCAA